ACAAUUCGACUUCCGGCUACUACGCUGGUCGUUGACAGACGAAGCAGAGACUUUUCAAAAUGGAGAUUGCCAGAAUUGUGGACCGAUGGUCGACCAGAAUUAUUUCUCCGGAGGAGUUUACGAAUGCUCUAUUUCUCUAUUAAAAGGUUGAAACCAUUGAAUCUUUCGCUCGUGCACAUUAAAUCAAUGAGUUGAAACCGUUUUGGAAAGAAGAACAUUUUAAAUGAGCGAAAAAAUAUUUGCAAAGAGGGAGAGAGAAAGAAAAAUAUACAGGAAUUCUACACUCAUAUAUAAGCCCCCCCAUGUGUUAUGAGUUGAACACCUGCCACAGCAACCAAUGUUUUGCUGGAAUUACUCAUGUUGUGCUCACAUAAUAUCUACGAUAGAAGCUAUAUAUUUUUCAAGAUGCUUUAAUGCUGUUCAGAUUCGAUGCGAUGUUGGAAACGCGUUCCGCAGUUUACAAAAUGAUGAAAGAAAAGGCCCACGAUGAGAGGCAGAUAACUAAUUGGCCCCCACCGUUUUCAUCGGAGAUGACUCCGUACACCGAGAGCGAUUUCGGCAGCUUGAUCAGACGAACCUGUGAGAACAAAAACUUGACCCUCAGAAUCUCCAAAGUGAUCGUCAUUGGUGACGUUGCUGUCGGCAAGACGUCGUUGGUGAAUCGUUUUUGUCACAAGCUCUUCGACAACAAUUACAAGGCUACCAUCGGUGUGGACUUUGAAGUGGAGAGAUUUGAUAUCCUUGGUUUGCCUUUUCAUUUGCAAAUAUGGGAUACUGCCGGACAAGAAAGAUUCAAAUGUAUAGCAGCAUCUUAUUAUCGUGGAGCUAAUGUAAUCAUGGUUGUUUUUGAUGUGAGUAACUUGAUGUCAUUGACGCACUGCCAACAAUGGUUGAAUGAAGCAAGUCGCAGCAACGUUGGUCCAUAUCACAUCUUUUUAGUCGGUGCCAAAAAGGAUUUAUUGUCUCAUCAAGUGUACGACAUAAUUGAAAAACGGGCGAUAGAAAUGGCGAAAAGAAUGCGGGCAGAAUAUUGGGCGGUUUCUUCAAGAACGGGCAACGAGGUAUCCGAAUUAUUUACACGUAUCGCCGCACUCACUUUUCAGGCAAUGGCAUUGCGUGAGAUGCAGAGUUUAAAACUCGAACCGAUCAACAUCAGUUCGACGAUAACAUUGAAAAGACAAUCGAGGGAAGCCGAGAUAAAGGCACAAAGAGUGCCAAGGUGUUUUAAAUGCUCGACGUAAUGCAACUUUAAU